UAAUGGAGACUUGAAAACCACAAGUCUAAAUUUAAAUAUUUGAGCAAUAAACUAAACUUAUCAUGACUUUGAAUGACUGCAGUUGGCUGUGUUUACUCUCAGUGAUAAAAGAGCCACUGUGAAACCUGAAACACAAGCGUGCUGGUGGUGUUGCAAAAGACUUUUGAUAUUAUUUCCACUGUAACAACGAGAGGCCAAUCAGAUUGCCCGGACAUUGUUCCCUCCCACUUUUUUAGAGUUAUAUUGAGGUGAAUCGUCUUAUAAUGACAUCUAUUAAGUGUCGUCUUUAGUGCGUUAACAGGAAAAUGCAGAUCAUUUUCUAUUUUCUGUUGCUGCUCAUCGUGAAGUAUCCCACAUUAGGUCUGAACUUUGAGACAAAGACUGCUGCUGUUGGAGAAGAUGUGACGUUGAAGUGUGACCGUCAGACGUCGAAGAGUCAGUUUUCCAAAUUAUUUUGGAUUAGACUAAUUUCUGGAAACAUGCCUGAAGUCUUGGGUGGAACACAUUCCUUUGACUAUGAUGAAGUUAUUCAGAAUCUUCACUUUACUCUUAAACAAGAGCCUGGAGUUUUUCUUCUGCACAUUAAUGAAACAGGAUUCAGUGAUACUGGAAUUUACUACUGCUUAAGUGUAGCUAAACCUUUUACCAUGAAGUUUUUAAAAGGAACUUUCCUCAGUAUUAAAGAACCAGAUUACGAUAUCACUGCAGUCGAUCAAGGUCCUCCAUCUAAUCCCGUCAAUCCAGGAGACCCAGUGACACUGCAGUGUUCAGUCCUGUCCGACAGCACUGAGAGCCAAACGUGUCCAGAAUAUCACAGAGUGCACUGGUUCAGAGCUGACUCCGAUGGGUCUAAUCCCAGAUUAAUUUCCACUCAUGGAGACGGCAGCCGUAAAUGUGAAAAUGGCACUGAAGCUCUCUCUCCCCCAAAAUGUGUCUCCAACUUCUGUGAGAAUGUCAACUCCUCUGAUGCUGGGAUUUACUACUGUGCCGUUUCCACAUGUGCACAGAUUUUAUUUGGACGUGGAACAAAACUGGACGAUGAAGUUUCAGCACCGCGUGCAUCUCCAAACCUGCUCCUGUUAUGUGCUACACUGACUUUAAGUCUGAUUGUUAUUGCAUUCCUCAUUUAUUUCAUCAAGAUGAAAAGCUGUGACUGUUGCAAAGAGACCGUAGCAGUCGGCAGAAACCAGCAAACUCAGCAGAGAGAUGAGAACUCUUUGGUUUAUUCUGCGCCGACCUUCACGAGGAGGAACGCUGGCAAAGCAGAGAGAGGGAAUGGAAACGCAGCAGAAGAAGAGACGGUCUACAGUAAAGUCAGGGCUUCUCCAAGACAGUAAUUCAAACUAUUGAUGUGUGUGCGUGUGUGUGUAUAUAUCCAGUAUAUGAAGAGAGCGUGCUAAGGUCAUUAUAGACAGACAUGGUGGUUGUUGAUGAACAGCAGUGGUGAUGGACGUCUCCAUCUCAAGCAACAGGAACAUCAAGAAGAAGUGACACGAGGAGCUUGAGAAAUAGGCUGAAGGCCUGAAAGAGGAGUUGAUGGGGAAGUUGUGGGGGAGUAAAGGCAACUGUGGUCCAAUGAUGAUGGGAGCACUAGAGGCUGUAACCCCCAAACUGGUAGAGUGGCUCCAACAGAUUCUAGGAACAAACAUCUGAGAUCUCUGUCCAGAAGAGCACAAUCCUAGGAGCAGCUAAGAUACUGUGCCGGAAUCUCAGGCUACCAGGCUUGUGGAAGGAGAAGCAAGACGUCCUUAGGUGGGGACAUUUUUUAAAUGUAUAUACAGUAUGUAUAUAUUUACACAAGCCUGAUAUUGAUCACAAUUUAUUUAGAUACCCUUAGAAAUAAUUGGUAUACAGUCUAGUCGGUAACUGCAUUACUCCUUUCUUUGUUAUUAUACGAGGCCAUGGAUCAUCGUGGUGCAGUUUAACUGCCUUGGUUGACGUCUAUGAGCACUAUGAAUUUUAUACUGGUUAAACACACAUUCUUAUUUCUCAGUUUUCUUUAUUUUUUUUAAUCAAAGUCCAGCUUAUUGACAGUCUCAACAUGAUAGUCUCUCACUGUUUUUUUAGGCUCUCUAUCUCCACAAUGACAUUUGAGGUCUGUGAGGGAGACAUUUAAUUGCAGUUAUUUGUUUUUUCAAACAUUCAAAAUUAUCUUGAUAUUUACUGCCAUCAUGAAGUUCAAUCUAGUUCUCAUGGAGAGCAAAACUUGGUCCUAAGGAGGCAGAACCUCAUUUCUAAGUAACUCAAUAGCUACAAUUUGAAUUGUGAUUAGGUUAAACUUGCGUUGGGGAAACAAAGGAAAAUACUUUGCUGAGAGUCCAAAUAAAUAGAAAUCAGUAAAAGCUGUGCAAACCUGUGUACAUUUGUUUCUCUUCUUAAGUUUUAAUAUUAAUAUUCACUGUUGGCCUCAAGUCAGUGACUGUAUUUUCAGUUAGGGUUUGGAUGUAUGAUACAAUAAAUGUGUUGUGCAUGUUAAAUAAAAUAAAACAAGCUUUCUUUGACCAAACUGUUAGUGGGAUCUGUUAUUUGUGAAACUUUAGAUUUACAAACACUUGCAAUAACAGCCGACAUACACCUAACCAGCAUGACAGAGUGAAUUAGUGAUGUCUACUAUCUAUACUUGAGCAGCUUCCUGACAUGAGAACAAAAAGUGGUCGAGCCAUUUAUGCUUCACACCUCAGUGUGAAAGCCCAGCCACAGCAGUGUUUAAGUUUCCAUGCAUCAUUUGUUUGUCACUAAUGACUGAGACUGUGUUUGUCAGAUGUGAGCAGCCUUUUGAACACCUAAACAAGACGGUCUCCACUAAGCAGAUUACAAAUUCUACUUUAUGGUGACA